CAUCGUGUCAUCGUUAACGGAGGCAGGAAGGUUCGCAAAAAUUUUUUUUCACAAAUAUUCAGGAAAAAUAUCCUGAGGAAGUUUUCUUCUGUGUGUGUUUUCCAACAGAAAAUAUAAAGCAAGAAACGAAAUUUUUCAAAUAAAAUAUAUUUUUGCAAGUUUUUAAUUUAUUUUGUUGUUUUUAAUCGCAGAAUAAAAUAAAGCAGAGAGUUUGACACUACUCGCUUUGCAAAAACAGCAAAAAAACGCCGGCGUGAGAAAAAGAAAUUAAAAAUCGGUCGACAUAAUUUUUCGUUCCGCACAUAAAAGAAAAAAUUCCCGUGCAGUCAUCAUCGAAAGCGAAGGUUGGUUGGCAAAAAAAAAAAACGAAAUACCGAACAAGAGGAAGAGCAAGAAAACCAAAAAAUCAUAAGAAAAGCAGAAGAGAAAUACAAGCAGCAACGAAAACGAAAGAAAACGGUCGUUUUUAAAUUUAAUUCUUUUUGCAAAGAAAAUACAAAUAUAACAACAACAAUUUUGUUGAGUGGAAGUUCCAAAAUAAGUAGCAAGGCAGGCAAUCAACAGAAGCAGUAGCAGCAGCAAAUCACAAACAUGCUUGCAUUUACAGAGGCCCAGUUAAAAGCAAAGCUGAUCAUUGACCCACCAAGCGAACUGCGCUUCCGUGGUCCAUUUACUAAAACAGUGACAACCAACUUAAAUCUAACUAAUCCAUCGGAUAAUGACAUUCUAUUUAAAAUUAAAACGACCGCUCCAAAACGUUAUUGUGUGCGUCCAAAUUUUGGUAUUAUUCGAGCACGUGAAUCAGCUUCGGUUGAAAUUUGCUUACAGCCCUUCAAUUUCGAUCCAUCUGAAAAGAAUAAACACAAGUUCAUGGUCCAAAGUGUUCUAGUGCCAGAAAAUGAAGACGGGGAAUAUUCUACCCUUUUCAAUAUUUGGAAGGAGUUGCCACCAGAAAAUUUCAUGGAUGCCAAAUUAAAGUGCGUCUUUGAAAUGCCCGUAGAAGAUAAUCGUGGUGAUGCAUCAGCUGCUGUUAGUGUUGUCAAAACUGAGCAAUCGUCCUCACCUCCUCAAGUUAAAAAUGAAGAAAAGCAAACUUCAAAUCUGGAUACUUCUAAACAGUCAGAAUCUCUGGCGAAUGAACUUAGACAGUUGCGUGAGGAGAACACCAAAUUGAGAAAAGAGAAUGUUAAUCUGAAGGAACAAGCUAUGCGAGUUCGAUCCACAGCAUCCAAGCCCACGGUCGGUGAACCCUAUGCUCCUGUCAUAGCUGAAAAGCAAAUUCCCAUGUUCUAUAUAGCGCUCGCUUUUGCCGCUGCAAUUCUUGGUAUUCUUUUCGGCAAAUUUGUAUUCUGAACAACUAAUUAGAGUCUUAACAACAACAAACAAACAAACAACAACAACAGUGUUAUGUUUUUCUUUUUGUCUUUUGCUAGCAGUACAGAAACAAAAAAACCAACAAAAAGCUGCAUAUUAUAUAAUACACGAAAACUAUAAUAACUAAAAAAGAAAAAAAAACAAAAAAGUAAA